UCUACUGCAAUAUCACUGAAUCGAUAGAAAGAGAUUUAGCGGUGGAAGAUCGUUAUUAUCGCAAUAUUUUCUUCCCAACCUCCUUAAUUAGAGUAAUCGAAAUCAAUAUUGAAUCGGGAGGUUUGAAGGAGUUAUCUAACAUAAGGUUAGGAAAGAAUUCCAGUUACGAUUCUAUUGUGAUCUAGUUUUAGAUCAAACAAAAUUUAAUCAUGAAAUUUAGCGAAAACCAAAAAUCGUUUCCCACCUACAGCGUCACUGUUUCGUACUAGAACUAUAACUUUCAAGAUUAGUACUCUUGGAGGUGUUUGUUUCAUUUGCCAAAUCACAUUGAUAGGAACAAGUUAGUUAAAAAAUCAAAGAACAAAACGUUCUGUUCUUCUUCAGUCUUCACUCAUUCACUCUGUUCUCAGUUUUCUUCAAAAGCCAUGCACCGAUCGUUUACAGUGUUAUCAAAAAAUCUAAGAACCAUUGCUUCAAAUGGCACAUUCUCAUCAUCUUCUUCUUUACUGCAACACCAAUUCCAUUCUUCCAACAACAACAACUCUUCAUCUUCUUCUUCUCCAAUCGGUUCUCCAACCAGAGUCCAGAAACUCAUCGCUUCCCAAUCAGACCCUCUUCUCGCCAAAGAAAUCUUCGACUACGCUUCUCUCCAACCCAACUUCCGCCACAAUUACUCCACCUACCUCAUCCUCAUCCUCAAAUUCGGCCGCUCCAAACACUUCUCCCUCCUCGACAAUCUCCUCCGUCAACUCAAAUCUGAAUCCCAACCCAUUACCCCCACCCUCUUCUCCUACCUAAUCAAAAUCUAUGGCGAAGCUAACCUACCAGACAAAGCCCUCAACACUUUCUACACCAUGCUUCAAUUCAACAUCAAACCUUUAACCAAACACCUUAACCGCAUUCUUGAAAUUCUCGUUUCUCGCCGGAGUUACGUUCGGCCCGCUUUCGAUCUCUUUAAGGAUGCUCAUCGACAUGGUGUGGUUGCUGAUACUAGAUCUUAUAACAUUCUCAUGCGGGCUUUUUGUCUUAAUGGUGAUAUCAGUAUUGCAUACAUGCUGUUUAACAAAAUGUUUAAGAGAGAUGUUGUUCCUGAUAUUGAGUCUUAUAGGAUUUUGAUGCAGGCUUUGUGUAGGAAGAGUCAAGUUAAUGGAGCUGUUGAUCUCUUGGAGGAUAUGUUGAAUAAAGGGUUUGUUCCUGAUUCUUUGACUUAUACUACUUUGUUGAAUAGUUUGUGUAGGAAGAAGAAACUUAGGGAGGCUUAUAAGCUUCUUUGUAGGAUGAAGGUUAAAGGGUGUAAUCCUGAUAUAGUUCAUUAUAAUACGGUUAUAUUAGGGUUUUGUAGAGAAGGGCGAGCGCACGAUGCUUGUAAGGUUAUCGGUGAUAUGCGGGCGAAUGGGUGUUUGCCGAAUUUGGUUUCUUAUAGGACUUUGGUUAAUGGUUUGUGUCAUUUGGGAAUGUUUGAUGAGGCAAGGAAGUAUGUGGAGGAGAUGCUUUCGAAAGGCUUUUCUCCUCACUUUGCUGUCAUUCAUGCUUUAGUGAAUGGGUUUUGCAAUGUUGGUAGGGUUGAGGAAGCUUGUGGACUUCUCACGAAAUCGCUAGAGCAUGGGGAAGCUCCUCAUAAGGAUAGUUGGAUGAUUGUAGUACCUCAAAUAUGUGAAGUGGAGGAGGAUGGUGUGAAAAUUGGUGGUGUUUUGGAGGAAGUUCUUAAGAUUGAAAUCAAAGGUGAUACUAGAAUUGUGGAUGCUGGUAUUGGUUUGGAAGACUACUUGAUUAGGAAGAUACGGGCUAAGGCGAGGCAAUUUUAAACUUUUUUGUAAUAUAAAACCGACAAGCUUGCGUUUGUCAUCCAUGUAAGAUAUUUGUAUUCAGUUACAAGUGACAAUAUCAUUUGAUUCUUACUAGAAGAACACUACUACAUAUAUGAUAUAUGACAUGUUGCAACAUUUUAUCUGUAACAUUUAAGAAAGUGUUGCAGACACUCUUUAUUUGUCACUUUCAGUAACACCUGGAAAAUCAAAUUUUACCACAUACCAAUGAAGAUACAUUCUUCUUAAUCUCUUGGUAUCUAAUAAUGUUUUUUUUU